CUCACUUGGUCUUGGUUCUGAUCAAUUUCAUGUCACAGCUCAUUCUUGCCAAAGGACUCUAAACUUCAGGAAUAUGUUGACUACGAAGCACAUUGCAACGUGUCUAGUUCUAGAGACACUUCCCCAAAGGUCGGGGCGACCCGGCUGGCGGUGGAAUGCCUUGGCUGUCCAUGUUCCAGGAGGGAUCGAAUGAUUUUUACCCUUCCGUACCGUUGUCUUAGGCGGCGAGCUAUGGACUGGAGGGACAAUCCAUUCAUGAUGGUAUGCGCGUUUGCUGUUAUGCAGUUUAGCGGAUAUUCAUACAUUCAUGCAAUGGAAGAACACUUGUCUGGUUGCCUCGUUCUUUGGCAGCGCGCUGUUUCUGAACUUGGAACAAUGUCGGCUCCAUGGCACGGUGUCAAUGUUGUUCCAACAUAAAUCGAAGAAUCAGGGAAUCAGACAACAGUUGGUAAAAAUGUUUAGAUGCUCUGUGCCUCAGACUCGAACCCAAGUCAUCGUUGCUUACUUGUACCCUGGCCUGCACGUUUCGCGCUGGAGUUCAAUAAGAACUCUUCAGCUGAUGACGUAGGCUAACCAACAGUGUGAGUUGCAGGGCAGACACCGUUAGACUCGCACGCGAAUGAGAUAGCGAGAGUAACGCUGGUCGUAACCCGAAGCAUAGAAAUUCGGCCAAUGGUUAAAUAACCCCUUGAUUGACCUCGUCGAGCGUGAGUAAAGAUGAAGCUGUAAUUUAUACAAAGAACAAGCGCAUGCACAUUGAGCACAGCUCGCUCGGUGCAGAACGAGUCUAGGUUGAGCUCAAUUCUGAAGAAAACUCUGCGAAUGGGGUUGCUCUGUG